CAUUUUCUGUUUUUUCCAGAUACUACAAAACCCACUGAUCCUGGCCCCAGUUCCUUAUUAACUUCGGUCUUGGUACCACUGCUCGUCUGCUUUGCGCUCAUUAUCCUGGCUGGGUACCUUCUAAGGUCCAGGAAAAGCCGUAAAGCAGACGUCAGCUCUGGAGACAAGAAGAUCGGAAUCUUGGAAGAACAAGAGCAGCAGAGGGUGUUGUUAAUCAGCAAUUCCCCCACUGUUAGCAAGACGUACUUCCCUAUCCCAGUGGAUAAGUUGGAGGAAGAGGUCAGGAUAAGAUCCGCCGACGAUGGGAAGCUUUUCCGGGAGGAGUACAAUUCGUUGCAGAUGGGAAAUCCUCAAGGAUCUUUCGAAGUGGCGAACAGAGACGAGAACAAAGAAAAGAACAGAUACCCGAACAUUCUGCCAUAUGACCACUCCAGAGUCGUGUUGACGCCGAUUGAAGGAUGCGCAUGUUCAGACUACAUUAACACUUCAUACAUUGAUGGCUAUAAAGAGAAAAACAAAUUCAUAGCGGCUCAAGGUCCCAAGCAAGAUACAGUUAACGACUUUUGGAGGAUGGUCUGGGAACAGAAGUCGGCAACCAUAGUCAUGCUCACCAACCUGAAAGAAAGAAAAGAGGACAAAUGUUACCCGUACUGGCCUGACCAAGGCUGCUGGAUUUAUGGUAACAUCAGAGUCUCUGUGGAGGAUGUUAUUGUCCUGGUAGACUACACGAUACGAAAGUUCUGCAUACAGCCUCAGGUUCAUGAUGGCUGCAAGGCCCCCAGACUGGUGACUCAGUUGCAUUUUACCAGUUGGCCUGACUUCGGAGUGCCUUUCACACCCAUCGGCAUGCUGAAAUUUCUUAAAAAAGUAAAAUCACUCAAUCCUGCCCACGCUGGACCCAUCGUUGUUCACUGCAGUGCUGGCGUGGGGCGGACAGGAACCUUCAUUGUUAUAGAUGCCAUUAUAGAUAUGAUGAAUGAAGAAAAGAAGGUGGACGUGUAUCACUUUGUUUUGAAGAUCCGAAGCCAGCGACCUCAAAUGGUUCAGACUGAUAUGCAGUAUUCAUUCAUCUACCAAGCCUUACUCGAAUACUACCUCUAUGGAGACACAGAACUCGAUGUGGCCUCUUUAGAAAAACACCUUCAGACUCUGUACAGCCCAGCACCUCACUAUGAGAAAACUGGCCUGGAGCAGGAGUUCAAGAAGCUGACAAAUGUCCGAAUAAUGAAGGAGAACAUGAGGACUGGAAACCUGCCAGCCAACAUGAAGAAAGCCAGAGUCAUCCAGAUCAUCCCAUAUGACUUCAAUCGAGUGAUUCUCCCGAUGAAGAGAGGUGAAGAAUACACGGACUAUAUCAACGCAUCCUUCAUUGAUGGCUAUCGACAGAAGGAUUAUUUCAUAGCAACACAAGGACCGCUGCCGCAUACGGUGGAAGAUUUCUGGAGGAUGGCGUGGGAGUGGAAGUGUCACACGAUUGUCAUACUGACAGAGCUGCAGGAAAGGGAGCAGGAGAAAUGCUGUCAGUACUGGCCAUCCGAAGGUUCCAUCACAUCUGGAGAGAUCACUAUAGAUAUAAAGGGUGAUCGGUUACUUGACACAAUAAGUGUCAGAGACUUCCUAGUGAGCAGUAACCAGGUAAAGAAAUAUAUGGAGAAGCAGACACGUCUGGUCCGCCAGUUCCACUUCCAUGGGUGGCCAGAAAUAGGAAUUCCCGCAGAAGGGAAAGGAAUGAUUGACUUGAUCGCAGCCGUCCAGAAACAGCAACAGCAGACAGGGAACCAUCCCAUCAUUGUGCAUUGCAGUGCUGGUGCUGGAAGAACGGGAACAUUUAUCGCCUUGAGCAAUAUCCUGGAGCGGGUGAAAGCCGAAGGGUUACUAGAUGUUUUCCAGACUGUGAAAAGUUUACGCAUGCAAAGGCCACACAUGGUGCAAACACUGGAACAGUAUGAAUUUUGCUACAAAGUGGUACAAGAUUUUAUUGACAUCUUUUCAGAUUACGCCAAUUUCAAAUGA